AUACACAUAGCAGGAGCAAAACGGAAAAACGAAGACGAAGAACGGCGAAGAAAAGAUGGUGGCGAUAUCGAUGUACAGAGGCAACCUUCACAAAGUCUCCGACGUGCCUCGCCGCUGGCGAAUGCCGGAGCGUAAACUUUCCAUCAAGGAAUUCAGAUCUCUCCUCCACCUCCGUAAACGAGCUCUAAUUCGUCUCUUCCCUGAAUCUGACCCUAAUCUUAACCCUAAGUCCGAUUCGGUCACCGAAAAGGAGACAGAGAAUCCGGAAACUGUCGACGGGAAAGAGAUUGAUGUGAAUCGGGUUAAGGAAGAUGGCGACAAGCGUGAUGAAGUUGGAGGAGUUGGGGCAGGAGGGUCGGACGGUGGGGCUUGUUACGGGAAGGAUACGGAAGUACAGGUGAAGGAAGAAGCUGAGGAUGUGGUGCGUGAGGAGGGGAAUUCCUCUGUUGUUGAGAAACCGGUCGAUGCAGCGAACGAGAAGGCUGAGGUAAAGGCAGCAACUGAUGUACUAAAUGAAACAGGAAAAAGGAGGAAAGAGAUUGAGGAGAAACUGCAAGUGCUGAACGCAAAGAAGCACAAUCUAGUCCAAGUGCUUAAGCAGAUUUUGAAUGCCGAGGAAGAAUUGAAGAGGCGUAACAACAUGCAACAGGGAGUGACAGCCAGUCGUCCAUCUCUUCCACUCCAAGUGGAUGUCUCAAAUGGCUCUGGAGCAAAUACUGGGGGUCAUACGGAAAGGGGGGAAACUGAAGAAGCAGUGACUCCUAACGUUCAAUCCCGCAAUACGCUCCGUUUUAGCGGUGUCUCUCCAUCAUCAGAGUCUCCUCUAAGAAGGGCAACCUUCUCUCGACACAAUAUGGUACCGCAUCCAUCUCGGGCGAGUCCACGCAUUGGUCCAGCUCAACCCGGGAAUCCACCUCCCGUGGUAUCGGUUUCUGCUUCCGGGACAAACUACAUUGCAUCUUCUCCUUCCCCAGCUGCGUCUGGAGGCACAUCUGUUUUCAGGGAUUCACGGCUUCAAAGCCCUUGGAACUGAAGGAAAGGAGCUGUUCAGGCACCGAAUCCCUUUUGCAGAUUUGUAAAUCCUCCAAAAGUUUUUAGCUUUCUGAUCUGCUGUGCAGUGGGAAGGAGACUGUCACAGUUUCCUUUUUUUUUUUUUUUUUUUUUUUUUUUGCUCAGCUUCGAUUUCUAUUGGAUAUUCAUUACCCCAAUGUGAAAAUGUAGUUUUGUUUGCUUCAUGUAUGAAAUUGUGUUGUUGAUUCAUCAUUUUUCUGAUUAGUAAGUCUCU